AGCGAGGUGCACCUGGCAGUAACUAGCCUUCGCCCCAAACUCUAUCCUCACUUGAGCGUCCUGGAGUGCAAAGGCGCCCGCGAGCAACUCCUCCUGCGGUGCUACACUCUGCCCUUGCACCUCACGAGAAGCGUGCGUCGUCAGCCUGGCGACACUCCUCACACACUCGCCUGUCGGACAGGUGUAAUGUCUCAAACGUCAAUGCCCACACUAAGCGACCUCCGAAUAGACCUAGGAUAAUCUGCCCACCGACGAGUGGUGCACGCAGCGCUUGCGGAACCACUUCCCGUUCACGCGCGCGAAAUGUCACUGAAUGGCCUUGACACGCCCGAAGUCACGGAGGCAUAUCAGACGGCCAUCGCCGAGGCUGGAGGCUGGUUCCUGCUAAAGUACACCUCGCGAGACUCGGUGGAUCUGCUGGGCAAAGGAAAGCAUGGAGUCUCCGAGGCCCGCAAUGCCCUGGCGGCGUACACAGAGGCAUCGCCGUUGUACGGCCUGCUCAUGUAUCGCCGCCGAAGGAUCCUGAUCAAGUACAUACCGGAGGGAACGUCGCGAUUGUUGCAAGCGCGCACAUCGGUUCACCUCCAGGACGUUCUCGAACGCUACUCCCCCUACGAAACCCUGCUCGAGCUGACCAGCGGAGAUGGGCUCAACGACACUGCACUCGCCGCGUCUUUUCAGUUGCACACGGCUUCUCCGUCCCCCUCAAUGGGCCGCCUUGAUGAGCUGCGCGAGGAGGAUGAAGACGAGGGGACUACCGAGGAGACAGGCGCAUCUGCAGCAAAUCUGCAAGCCUCGCAGAGAUACCGUUCAGAUCGUGGGAUAGGCAAACGCGCACCGCGGUCAAUGACCUCACUCCAUGCACACACCACCGCCUCAAGACGCACGACUCCGCCGGCCUCUCCGGCAAAGUCGCCUGCGCUGACAUUACCUGUGCCUGCUGAAUCGACUUCACUUCCGCUGACCCCGUUGGAGUCGCCAGUGCCACCGCUGCAAGCAUCGGCACCAGGUGAUCAAGCUGCCGACGACCUCGUAAUUCCCGAGCAUAAGCCGCCACCCACAGAGUCGUCACUGUCAGAUGCUGCUACCGCAUUGCAGCACGUUCGAGAUACGCAGGACAAGCUGCCCGAGGAGCAGCUCCACGGCUUUGCUUCCCAACCGCCCGAUCAGAGACCUCCCGAGCCUUCGCCGGAGCGCAAUUCCUUCGCUGCUCGCGGAGGCGCGAUGCGCUCGCAGUCCAUGGAUGAAGAGCCAUUCGAUUUCAGUCAGUACGACGCGUUGUUCAAGCCGAAGGUCAAGCUCGCACCGCGUCCGAUCAACGCGCCGGAGAAGGCUUUGCGCCCAACUGCGCCACGCGUGUCGGCCGUUCCUGCCACCAUCAAGACGAUGCCCAAGAAGCAGGAAGCACUCCGGCCAAAGUCCUCGGGCGGCCAAGCCGCCAUGUCACGAUCUGCAACUGCACCGUCUGCACUCGAGUCUGCCGCGCCUGCUAUGCCGCCCAUCCCUGACAUUCCCACUUUUGCAUCGCGACCAAUGUCGCGUGGAAGCGUCAGAUCCGCGCCCUUGCACAAAUCCGGCCCUAUGUCCGCAGACAAAAUACGCCUCAUGAAAGCCGUUGAGUUGCGGAAGAAGCAGCUGCGCAAGUCGCAGGGCUCGAUGUUCAGUUCGAUCACCGAGGACGCGCCAGAAGUCCCCAGUGUUCCGAUGGCGAGCGAAUCUCAACAGGGUCCAUCUGACGAAGGGACACAGAGCAAGCAAGAAGAGGCGCAGAGCAAGAUUCUGGCGGAGAGCGAACCCGAGCAGCACAGCACAGAUGACGAGAGCCAAAAUCAGUCUACUAAAGCCGACUCAGGCAUUGAACUUCGAUACGGCACACCCGACACACAACGAACCGAGGAGACGAUAGACGAAGCACCAGAAAAUGCAGUCCUUGACGAUAUCUCGGAGGAGAAGGCUGCCAAAGUAGUAUCGCACGCAUCGUUGCAAGCUGCACAGAUUGAUGCAACAGUAGACGAGUCGGACACAAACCACGACGAUGCUGCCUCGACAACACCCAGUCAGACGCCUACGGAACGACCUCUCAUGUCAGAGCAAGAUAGCGAGACAACAGCAAAGGGGUCGCAGCAUCUGAAAGUCGACGAAGGAGGGGCUUCAGCACCGACCAUCUCGCUCCCUGGAGAGCAGGAUAAUGCCUCUAUUGUAAAUGCAGCUGGGUCGCUUUCGCCGCACAAACGCUCGGAUAGUGACUUGGUCAAACGCAGGCGCGGAUACGUGCAGCCAUUGGCUCUGGACACGCUACAUAACGAAGUCGAUGAAGAGGAAUUAGAUUCGGACGACGACGCGUUGUACGAAGAGUUGCAUAGCGCCACUGUGCAGGAAGCUAGACCAAUCACGGUAGCGAGGUCGCCGAUAGCAUUGGCAUUCCAGGGCAGAUCCGCCAGCAUCGAAGCUUCCAAUGCCCCUCGACCUAUGCCAAUUGCGAGAGCUUUCACGAACCCCGAGAAACCAGCAGAUGACGAGCGACCUCCGUCUGUCAAGAGCCGCCCCUCGUCCAUCAAAAGCCGUUCCGUCAGCCCUAUGCCGCCCGCAGAAAGGCAAGAACUGCUCUCUGCUGGACGCGCGCGAAAUGUGUCGUCCGGUAUAUCCAGACGCAUCCAAGCAUUGGCCGAGCUGUCAGCUAGAGAAUCAAGUGAGAACUCACUUGGAGGAUCUGCCACACAGAACAGGAGAGUUCCUCCCGCGACUCGUCCUAUGUCUCGCAAGCGGCAGAGCAGGAGUGCGGUGAACACACCGACCUCAGCCAUGUCUAACGAAGAACAAUGGCUGACCGGAAGUGUUCAACAUGAUCCUGUCACGAAACGCGAUUCCGUUUCUGUCACUACUCGCAUAGCUCGUCCGGGCUCCUCAGCCCCUGGCUCCGCACACGGUCCGACGCCUCCGUUCUCCGCAGCUCCCUCCGCCACUCCUUCGCCGCCUGCGGUCGAGUCUGAACCUCCGCUCUCGUCUAACAAUUCACUGUACUCUAAUGACACUCGUUCAGUCAAGUCAUCUCGCUCCCGGACCAGCCGGUUUUGGAAAGAGAGACAGAAAUCAGCACCUGCUUUGGAUGACUUUCCCCCACCGCCACCUAAUGUUCGCGUAAACUCAGCCAUGUCUCUCAAUUCAAACGACGAGAACGUCGCUCCAGAGAAGGCUAGCAAGGCGACCCGAUUCUUCAAGCGCAUGAGUAAUUUGACUGGAUCGAAGAAGAAGAAUUCUCCAGUCGAGCCGAGGAGCCCCACGAAGAGUGACAGUAUGCUCAGCGCUCCAGAGGCUGCGAGACCUGUGAGCUUAGCUGUUUCGAAGCCUGACACGCCGCCAGCCGUGGUGGUUGGUGAUCUUAACGUACAAUUCCCAGAUUCCUUGCUCUGGAAGCGUCGGAUAGUAACGAUUGACGACUACGGAGUCUUGCAAUUCGCCAUUGCACAGGCGAUGGACAUCCAUCGAGGCGUCGCCAUGAAGAGGUACGCACUUGCAGAGUUCAAGGCGCCUUUCAUGCCCGUGCUGGACCAACAGGAGUUGCCCUACUCGGUGAUUCUGGAAUUCGAAGACGGAACUGCUUUGCAGGUCGCUUGCGAGGACGGGAUGACACAGCGCCAGGUCCUAUCGCUGUUGACAACGUACUGGAGAGCAUAUACCGAGGAUACAGUGGAGCAGCAGUAAAAAUUACUGGUCGAGCAUGGGGACGAACGAUGUCAACACUGCAUUGGGACAACCUCCGGCUUGCGGUCGACAGCCACCACGAUCAAAACCCUGCCAUUCUUUCUCUCUGACACUCGGACACUGCAUUGACUUUACGAGAAAAUUUCAUUUACCCAUUUUCGUUUUAUACCCAAGAUCGAGAACGACCAUAAGAUUCGGUCGGAUGUUACCCUAGUAUUGCCUAGUGUCUUUUUGCGUUGAGCGUUGGGUGGUUGGUGUAGGAAGGGAAAGCGAGAGGAAAAAAGAAGAGAGACAGCCCAGAUCCACGGCAUGAUCAUCAUUGUACAGUUGCUUUUAUUGGAUUCCGAGAUCUUGCGGGUCACAGGAAAGGGGCAGGACAGCAGAAGGCGGAGGAAUUAGUGAAUCCAGAGCACAAAUUCGAUACGAAGUUGCUAUGUAUAAGAUCAGUGUGCAG